AUGACGACCGAGCCUCCCGUCUCCGAAGAGGGCCUGGGCCAGGAAUUCACCAAGCAUGUCAUUAGCUCCUUCGGACCCAAGACCGAUCCCCGACUCCGUGAGGUCUUGGGCUCGUUUGUCCAACACAUCCACGAUUUCGCCCGAGAGGUAAACCUCACCGUCGACGAGUGGUUGGCCGGUGUUGAGAUGGUCAACCAAGCCGGUCAAAUGAGCAAUGAGCGCCGGAAUGAGGGCCAAUUGAUGUGCGAUGUCAUUGGUCUCGAGACACUUGUGGAUGACAUCACCCAUCGGGCGGCUGCAAACAGCGCCAACUCUGGCACUCUCACGGCCAUUCUGGGUCCUUUCUGGCGCGCUGAUACGCCUAUCCGCCCCAACGGCACCACAAUCUCAUUUGAGACGCCCAAGGAUGGCAUCGUCUCCUACCUUCACGGAACUAUUACAUGCGCAGAGACUGGAAAGCCCAUCCCCAACGCUUCUGUAGAUGUGUGGCAGGCAUCCACCAAUGGCCUCUACGAGCAACAAGAUGCCGAUCAGCGGGAUUGCAAUUUGCGGGGAAAGUUCAUCACAGACGACCAGGGCCGUUAUUCAUUCUACUGCCUGAAGCCCACACCAUACCCUAUCCCCGAAGAUGGCCCUGCUGGCAAGCUUCUUCGCAUGCUUGACCGACACGUUUACCGACCCGCCCACCUGCACUUCAUGGUUAUUGCGGAUGGCUUCAAGAGUGUCACAACCCAGAUCUUUGACUCUGAUUCCGAAUAUCUCGGCAACGAUACUGUCUUUGCCGUCAAGGAUGGUCUCACCGUCACCUUUACUCCGAGGAAGGGAGACCCUGAAGCCAAUUGGGAGUUGGAGUUUAAUAUGUCCCUAGCGACGAAAAAGCGAGAUGCUUGA